ACCAACGUCCCAAAUAACGCAAGCUAAGCGAACCAAACGAGCGAAGCUUGCUCGCUUAAGAGAACGCUUUAGCGACCUUGAAACAACAUUGUGUUCUGUCAUUCCGCUCCGGAGGCGGGCAUGGGAAAGGGGUGGUAACGACAUGUCACUUAGCUUAGCAAUAGCAGCUAGCCUCCACUGGUGAGCUGAGCGUACAACCAGUAGUCGGCAUGUUUACUGUCGCUUCAAUGGUGCCGUCCUAAAAGCAUGCGAACUUACUGCGGAGGUUGUUGACGAGCUCUGCGUGGCUAGCUCCUCCGGAUUUCCACGCCAUUAUUAGGCAGACUUUGCGGACUAAGUAGACAGCAGCCGUCAGUGCCGCGCCUGCGCCAAAUGUUUUGCCUAUGAAGCGGGCAACCUCCGAAGCGGAUACGUCACUAGACAUCCACGAUGGCUCUGCACUUUUCUUAUCGACGCAGUCGGCUGCUGUGUGAUGUCAUUGAACGAGAAAUGCAACAGUUAAAAAUAUGCAUCUUCCGAGGUUAUUUGCACAUCGCUCACUCGUUGGAUUAGCAGAUUUACGGAUGUUGUUGCAACUACCACCGUUAGAGGGUGGUGUAAUAUUUAGUUAUGGCGGCCAGAUAAAUGGAAGUUUGACCUAACGGGCUUCCCGUCCAGUAGUGACGUCACGUGUCGUGAAGGAGAGGCCGCGUAUUUGGCGCUGAAUGCUAAGCUAGCCGAAAUAAACGUGAAUCUUACGAAAAUAAAGCCUGCGUUUUAAUGGACGGCGUGAAUGCGAAAUACGUGUCUCAGAAAAUCAGCAAAACGAGAUGGAGGCCAGUUUCGCAUUCGUCUCUACAGCAGCCUGAUGUCUUUGCCACUGGAGCUUGGGAUAACGAGGACAACACUGUUUGCCUUUGGUCGAUUGGUCAUAAUGGGAGUUCUAGUUUGGAAGAUGGAUUUGAUGGCGAUCCAGAGCUUUUAUGUGAACACAAACAUGAAGGAGAUGUUUUGGAUCUUCACUUUCUGGACCAAGACAGAGUUGUCACAGCAUCAUCAACUGGAGGAGUUAGCAUUUUCCGCUACAACCAAAAAGACCAGGCUCUUUCGGUUGCACACCAAUGGCCCAGAGCACAUCAUUACCCCUGCGACAGGGCUCCCUGUACUGGCGUCGCGUGCAGCAGUCCUGAGAUUGUUACAGUCGGUGAAGAUGGCAGGAUUAUUGUCUACAGAGCUGAUCAGGAAGGAGUCGUUCAAGUCAUAGAGAAUGCUGACAGUAGCACAAUCCAUGCCGUGACGUACCUGCGAACAACACAGAUCCUGACAGUGAACUCCAUAGGCCAACUGAAGAUGUGGGAUUUAAGACAGCAGGGCAAUACCCCCUCAAAUACUCUGUCCUUGUCAUGUAAUAGAGUCCCAUUGUACUGUGUGGAUAGACAUCCGAACCAGCAGCACAUUGUGGCCACGGGAGGUCAAGACGGGAUGCUGUGUGUUUGGGAUGUGAGACAAGGCGACACUCCCUUCUCACUCACGGAGGCACACUCUGCCGAAAUGUGGGAAGUGCACUUCCACCCAACAAAUCCAGAUCAUCUGUUCACAUGCUCAGAGGAUGGAUCGCUGCUGCACUGGGAGACAUCCUCACCUUCAGACAUUCCUUCCUUCCUGCAAGGUGGUAGAAACAACAGCAUGAUAUCCUCCAGUGCGAUGGCUCCGGCUGGAGGGAACCAGUCCCUGAUUAACGCCUGGCUGAGCGGGGACUCCAGUAAAGGCCGUCUGGAGACUACUAACAUGCUACCGAGCCAAACACUGUCUGUCAACAGUGCGGAUGUACUCGGACAGUGUCUUGUGUGCGGGACUGACGGAGAGGCUGUUUUUGUUCACAGACAAGUCCCAGUUUAAUUUUAUUCAUCUUUCAAAUGCUAUCACAGCGCAGUGCAUAUUGUUGUGCAUAAAUGAAGCAUUUCUAGUGAAAUAUUUUGCCUCCUUUUGUAUAAAUGUCAAUUGAAUGAUUUUGGAAAUACAUGAAUAUAAACUAA